AUGGAUGAGGAUAUAUUUGCAUUCGAUUCGCAGUAUCAGGAACUGUUAAAUGAGGAUGUAGGAACUGAAGAUCAACAAAGCAUAAUUGAAGAUGCAUGUGAGGAUAAAGUGUGCAUCGAUCUAUUCUCGAUUUAUCUUAACUGUCGUGGAGACACGUCAUCCGAUAAUUUUGAGGAAAAUGUUUUUAAAAAGGAUCUUGAGAAUUUAUUCAAUCAUCAAUCUAUGGAACUUCCAGUCGAGGAAAUUGAGCUCUUUGAAUUUGAUAUUGAUACAGAAUUCAGCAAUUAUGACAUCCUUAUACAAAUGGCAAGAUCAAAUGUUCAGCAGAUCGCAAUGUCAUCUUUAGAUUGUGUUGAUCAGCAGUUCCAAAAAACAUUCAAUUCACUCAGGAAUGAUGUCACUAAAUUAAUGCUUUUACUUCGGUGUAAUUACCAAAAUUUGAAUGAGAAUCAACUUAGGAAUAUAAGGACAAUUCUAGGAACAUACGAUUCCAUGUCAAAUUUUACAAUGAUCCAUUUAUCGUUUUGCAAAGAUGGAAAUGUCUCAACAUCAUCAAGUUAUCAUCUUCUUCAUCUCAUGCUUGAAUGUCGUUGGAUAUACUUAACAAUAAUCUAUAAACUAGACUUUGUGAAUGGACAAAUCGGAAGUGAUGAUUCUGAACUAUAUUGUGAGUUAAAGUUGUUAAUGUUUGACUUAAUUAUGCUUUCUGUGUCCAAGUUCCAAAAAUCAAAUUCUGCAAAUCUUGUCUUUACUUCUCCAUUUAUCUGUUCUUGCGUUAAAGAUGUCUGGAAGUUACUUCAUUUAUUUAUGACUAAACUUAGUGAUCAAAAUUUAGAAUUUUGGAACGUAUUGUCAAGCGUAAUUGAUGAAAUUGGAACUGGAAAGAGUUUUUAUGAAAGAUUCAUUUCAAAAAAAGUUUUGUUAAGGAACUCUCAAUUUAUGGCAUGCAAGAAUCAUGAUCAAUUUGCAAUUUGGAUCAUUAGUGAAAUUGUUAAACUCAUUAAUGAAGAUAAUGUCACUAAGCUUAAAUGCAGCUAUGAAUAUUUAGAGAAUUUAAUAGGAAAGUAUUUAAAAAAUGAUCAAUCGGAAGAGAACAUGCGAGUCCUUUUAGUGAUUAUAAGCGAAGUAAUAUUGAAUGUUUGGCAACCAAAAUCAGAAAUUCUAAUGACUUUAUGGGAAUAUUAUCAGCGAAAAAUCAAUUCUCCAUUUUUAAUCGCCGGUCAGAAUCCAAACUCAAUGGCUGUUUCUAACACAACCGUUACAGCUUAUUUAGAGCAAAUUAAAGGACAACAAAAUAUUGCAGUUUCUAAAUUGAAUCUCAAUCUAUCUAGCUUCAACAUGUUUGUGUAUAUCCUCAGUAAAAUGGUUCAGAGAUUCACAGACGAUGGACAAAAAGUUCAAGUUUUAAGAAUUUUCGGACGAAUUUACACAAAAUUUCCACCAAAUAAGCUCCAACAAUUGAAUGAAAUGGGAAUUCACAACUUUAUGAGAUUAUUAAUAAGUUUAUCGAUUUCGACAAAUCUUAAUGAAGUUGGACAAAAAAUCACAGACACAAUGUUACAGAUUCCAAUGGAAAAACUUAAUCAUCAGGUACAAAUUAUGAAAGCUCACAUGGUGAUGCUAAUUUUAUUCACUGAAAAUCGGAUGAACAUCUCCAACUACCUCACUAAAAUUAUGAAUCAAGUUAACAGCAUUUUACAAAAGACAAAUUCAGCUACGAGUAUUUUAAAAAUCUUGUCAGAGUCACUCUCAUUAAUUUUACUUAAGAAUCUCGAUGAAAAUGAAGAUAUUUUGGAGAAUGGAGAAGAUUUAUUGAUAGAUUCAUGGAUUGUGAAAUAUUUCCAAAAUUCAGCUCCUGCAGAGCAAGAUCGACUUUAUGAGUCGCUUAAUAAAAUCAUUAAGAAGAUUUAUGAGCUACAAAAUAAUCCAAUUGUGAUGACAAAAGUGACUGCCUUAAAGGAAAAAUUAUUCAAUAUUCUACUGCCUUAUAUUAAGCAAGUGUUUGGAAAAAUCGAGUCAGUCUGGCUCCCUGAAAUGUCUGCAAAUUUAUGCCUUUUGACAAACUUUACAACUUCAACUUCAAGCAUUCCUAAUUUCAGCACUUUAUUUAAGACUUUUGUUGAAACAAAUUCAACGAAUUUGGAACAAGGAAUUAAAUUCUUAACGAUAAUUUUGAAGAAUUGUGAGAAUAAAGAAAAACUCGAUGCAGUUCUGAUCAUUCAAAGUUGGAUUAAGUAUUCAGUUCUACUCAGUGGAAACAAUAGCGAUUUAAAGGAAUUAACAGGUCAAAUAGUUUGUAUGAAAGAAUUUAAAUUUCUCUGUGAGACAUCGACAAUCAAAGCUGAGGAAUUUUUAAAUUCAAAGGAACGACUUUGUUCCUUUAUUGGCGAUAUUGGCAGAAAAUAUUCAACAUCCAGCAAUCAACAAAAGUUCCAGUUAAUUGAAAAAAUUCAUGAAUAUUUGUCAACUUUUGAGAAAUGGUCACUGCCUUAUCUCCAGCAACAGCAAUCAACAUCUCAAAAGCCGGCACCAAAUGUUUUAGUUGAUGAGUCCAUAAUGAGAAUUUAUUCAUUUAUUGCCAUUACAUUUCUUCAUUGCUCGGAAUUAAUUUAUGUUCGAUCAAAGUCGCAAUGCUUCUUUAACGUAUCUGUGGCUCAUUUCAUACUUCCAUCAACUAUUAUGGUUGGGCAAAAUCCACCAAGAGCAAUAAUAGUUUCAAUGCAUAGAAUUUGGCCAUUAUUAAUCGAAGGAAUUUCAAGAUUGAAUUAUAAAUGUGAUCAACAUGUGACUAAAGUUCUUAAUGAUGUGAUUGUUAAAUGGGCACCGCUUAUGAAAAUCAGCAAUAACUCAAAAUUUGUAGCUAAGCCAUUCAUCAGUAUUACAAACUUCAAAAACUUUGAAAUAAUUGAAUUGUUUUGGAUGAAAAUGGCGAAAAAUUUUAUUGCCUUGCAGCCUGGACGUAAAUCGAACAUAAAUUGCUGCCUAAUCCUUACUGUAUUUGAAGAAGUUCUGCAUGUGAUUGAAGGUGAAGAAUCGAGGCUUCUUGCUGUUUGGAAGAAUUCACUUCAACAAAUUGUUGAAUGUGCUAUGCUAUUAGACGAUAUUGAACCUACAAACAAGUCUGCUUUUAGUCUAGUUGAGAGAUUUAUCAGAAAUAAAAACUUUUCGAAUUCAAAUGCAAUGAAGGAAUUGCUUAUGACUAAUUUGAAGUCUUUAACAGAAUCGAGCUUGUCAUAUCAUUCAGGACUGUAUUUUAGAUACUUGACAAGACUAACAAAAGUGAACUUAAGUAUUGUCAACAACUUUUUGCCCCACUUAUUGACUCAGAUUCAGAAAGUUGAACAAUUGCGUGGAAGUGGCCGUGACGUUAAGCUUAGAAAUUUAUUCGAGCAACUGCAGUCGACUUGUAAAAAAAUGUAA